CCCGUCUGUGAAAGAGAAACAGGUCUGUGCUCGUUAAGCUCAAUAAAGUCAGUCCAAACUGCGCUGAAUGUCAUCAUGGAGGAUGACGGUGGGUUUCAGACCCAGUUCGCCUCAGUGAUGGAGAACGUGCUGAAGGCGGCCGUCGGCGAGGCCACCAAGCUGUUCGAGCGCACUCUGCAGCAGCUGAGAGCCGAGCUCGUCCACUUGAGGCAGGAGAAUGUGGACUUAAAGACCGGCGCUUUUGCUCGCCAAUUCAAGACAACACUCGCCGGAGAAGGAGCGCAGAGGACUGAUCAGACAGCAGGACCACCCAGACGUGAUGUUGGUGUACAGUGUGAAAAGCCCCUCAUGGUGGAAAGAUGCUGCAGCCCAGCCCCAUUUGGCCUUCAGCUAGAUAUCGCAAGUGAUGGUCUUGCAGAUUUGUGUUCCACUGCUGCAGACGAUGGAAACAGACAGCUUGCUUUGCUGCUCAUUAAAAAAGAACCUCAGGAGACUGACUGUGAUGACUAUGCACCUGGAUACUUUUUACUGAAGCAAGAGGGUGCUGAGCCAAUACUGGUGCGCAAGGAGCCCUUUAAGAACACCAUGGAAAGAGUUACGAUCCCCUCAACAUUCCAAACAGUGACCAGAUGCUAUGGAAAUCCCAGAGAAAUAUCAACUGCUAGUACAUCCUCAACCACUAAUCCAGCCCCAACCACUAAUACAGUCUCCUGUAGCAAUAGAGUGGACUACUCUAAUAACAAAGUUACCCAGACUACAAGUACAUCUACUUUCAAAGGUUUGGCUUCGCUGAGUGAAACAGAAAGACAAAAAACCUCUCCAUCAGCUAUGAUAUCAAAUUUACCAGAGCUACCAGCUAGUUCAACUCAGCUAUCUCUUCCUGCAGUUAGCUUACCUGCACCAGCAAUCUCACUGUCUCGCAAACAAGGUCAGAUGUCAACACCUAGAGCCCAUCUAACAGCCCCACCAGUUUCAUCUCAAACAAAUCAGCUCUCUGAGCCACAUGUCCAGCUCAAAACCUCCCAACCUCCACAAAUUGUUCAAAAUAUCCAGCACCCUUGUGCAGUGGCAAGGCUCCCUCAUCCUCAACACCAGAAUCUAGACUCUUGCUCUUCUGUCCAGUCAUUACAAACUCCAGUUGUAACUGCAAAGAAAAGAGUUUUACCAGCCUCAGUAGACCAAACUGUGAGACCAAUAGCUCGGUCAUCCCCUCAGGCAAAGCAGCUUUCAAUCCCUCCAGUCGAAUCAUUUAUUCCUCGAGUCAGGAGCAAGACUGCACUAAGUCGUUUUUCGGGUCCUAGAGCCCAGCUUCCAUUUCCUCUAGACCAGUGCACAGCUCCUAUUCCAUUGUCUCAGAUUACAUCUCCACCAAACCCUGUCCCAAAUCCACCUGUCCAAGACCCACUUUCACCUGGCCAAGGCCCAGUUCAAACCAUCCAAGGCCAACUUCCACCUGCCCAAGGUCCAAUUCAGCCCAUCCAAGGCCCUCUUCCACUUGGCCAAGGCCCAGUUCUACCCAUCCAAGGUGCGCUUCCACCUGGCCAAGGCCCAGUUCUACCAGUCCAAGGCCCACUUCCACCUGGCCAAGGCCCAGUUCUAACCGUCCAAGGCCCACUUCCACCUGGCCAAAGCCCAGUUCUACCCAUCCAAGCCCCACUUCCACCUGGUCAAAGCCCAGUUCUACCCGUCCACACCCCACUUCCACCUGGCCAAGGCCCAGUUCUAUCUGUCCAAGGCCCAGUUCCACCUUGCCAAGUUCCAGUUUCACCACUCAAAGGUGCAGUUCCACCUAUCCACGUUCCAGUUCCACCAGCCCAUGCUCCUGUACCACCAACUCAAUCAAAUGAGAUACUUCCACCGCACUCACAGAGCUUAAAUCUACAAGCCCAUUUUCCUUCUGUGCCUCUUCACAAUCUGGCCCCAUCAUCCCAGUCAUCUUAUCCUCCGACUCACAUUCCAUUUACCCAGUCCUACAUUCCAGUACAAUCAAUGAAGUCUUCUGUUUCUCCAGUUUCAAUUCCACAGACUAAUGCUCCAUCACCACUAGAGCAAAUGCCAGUUACAACACCUCACUAUCUGCCUGGCCCUCUUUGUUCAUCUUCAGAUCAGUUUUUUCCUCCACCUGAUAAUACAUCAGAUUUACUUCAGCCUUUGCCCCCCAUGCCUUUCCACUCACCCAUUGUGCUAACCCAGCAGGAGGCUGCAUUAGAGCAACCUUCCAUGAUCCAUUCACAAUCAUCUGGGCAACCUUUACAGCUUGCACCACUUCUUACCCCGAAAGAACAGCAAGCAGCAGCCUGCAACCAAGGUAAUGUGUCUAAAAGAGGACCUACCGUGCCUAUAGAAAUACCCAUUUCUACAGGUAGUAGCUUUGAGGAAACUAUACAAAGGUUUCCCCCUUGCUCAAGUCCAACCAUCAGUUGUGAGGGCAAUGAAUCCAUCCCCAUGGACAUGCAUGAUGAAGACUCCAUAGCAAAUGAUGCGAGUAGCAGUCCUGCACUAAUGCCUGGAAUGAGUGAACGUUUUAAGGUUCUUUCCAAGCCUGAGUCAAAUUUCAGAGUGUUAGAUUCUACAAAAGAACAACAACCCUUCAGACUGAACAUGGUGAAAGGUCCACAGAUAGGCAAUGAAGUCAGCAAGCAGAAUCAGACCAAAAGUGGAACAAUAGGUCAAGUUUGGGAAUCAGCUGAUUCGUCUUGUGCAUUACCACAUUCAGCUUUGAGUGCUCCUGCACCAGAUGUGGGCCGCGCGGUGCCGAAAGCUUCACGUAGAGUACUGGAGAAGAAUACCGAGUGCUCUGAGUGCGGUAGGAUUCUCAGCAAUGCGUCUUCUUUGGAGAACCACAUGAGGCUCCAUAGGGGUGAGAGGCCUUAUAACUGCUCCCAAUGCGGAAAGGCCUUCCCCAGUGUCCGAGGCCUCAACCGCCAUGUAAAAGUCCACGCAGAGGAGAAAGGUUACAAAUGCGAGGAGUGUGGACGGAGUUUCGUUUACCAAUUCACACUAACGAAACACAAACUCAUCCACUCUGGAGAUAGGCCCUUCCCUUGUAAAAUAUGUGGCAAGAAGUUCUUGGCCAAGACGGACCGGGCCACUCAUAUGCGCAUGCAUACAGGGGAGAAGCCGUUCUUCUGUGGUCAGUGUGGGAAGACAUUCAAGCAUAGAGUUGCACUGAACAUGCAUGUACAAGGACAUAGAGGUGAGAAACGUUACGUGUGUCCACACUGUGAGAAAGGCUUUGUGGAUUUGGGUAAUUUUAAGAGACACAAACGCAUCCACACGGGGGAGAAGCCAUUUGAAUGCAAAGAGUGUGGUAAGCGUUUUACUCAGUCAGCACACCUCAAGAAACAUCUCAACACACAACAUGCAGCAUCAAAACCAAAAUAGACACUUCAGUAUGAGCCAUGAGAUAAAUAUUACACCAAAUUGCUUGUGAGUACAAAUGGUAACUCACUGUUGCUGAUUAAUUUUAGCUAUUUCUUUCUAGCUAUGCCAAUUAGUGCACUGUUUCCCUUUUUAACUCAUUGUGAUUUUUUUACAUGUUGCAUAAUGGUUCACAUGCUAUUGCCAAACAGAGACUUUAAACUUUUCACAUUCACAUGUUUACACUUUUCUGUAGUGAUUUGAAGUAUAACUGUAUGAUGGGCAUUUUUUUAAAAAAAAGGUAAUAGGUGACAAGAUAACCAGUUUCAUUCCAGAGAAGUCUUAUAUUGUUUAUGUUUUUUAUGAGAAAGUGGUUAUUUAUUAUUCCUUUUUAACUGAAUACCUAGGUUAAACCCUUAACAGCAACAACCCUUUAAGGUCCUCAGGUCGUCUGAAGAAUUAACUGUGAAAAUGGAAAUCAUUGUGAUUUAUUAAUACAGAAUAUCGCUGCUGUCAGAACAAAAUGUUAUUUUUAUUAUUUAUCUUUUUUUUGACGCAGUAUGAAAUUGCCAGCUGACACAAUUGCCAAAAUUUCAAGAUGAAUGGACCAAAAGAAAUGCCCCAAAAUGACUUGGAGUUAAUAAAUUCUACAUUCUAUUUCCAGUAAAAGUUAAGAAUGUUUUCCCUCUCCUGUAAAGUUAACAUUUUGGAGAUAUGAGGAUUUGUUUCAACAGCAACGAUAUACUUUGAAGUUACUAUGCAAAUAAUGCAGAAGAAAAUGUGAAUUUUUAUUCUUUUUUAAACAGUAAGCUCUUGAAUGUGUUUUUUGGAGCUAUAGAUGUUUAUAGUGUUUCGUGAUCUUCUGAAGUUUAUAAACAAAUGCAAAUUCUUUGUAAAUGUGGAAAUACAAUGUAAAUGAAGUAGACUUUUCAAUAACACCUGUGCACCAUUUGAGAGGUUUUCUGGCCCAUUCGCUCCCUGAAUCAUCAUGCAUUUCAACCAUGAUGAACACUAUGAAGUCAAGGUUAAUGACAUGGUAAGCAGCAGAGUUUUUUUGUAGUGUACAUCUUGACUAUAAAAGAAUUCUAAUUUCAUCUAUCUAUUAGCUAACUAUUAGCUUACAGUGCUUACAGUGAGUACUGCUUUGUUGAUUAGUGUGAAAUGCUUUACUUUCAAAAAACAGAACUACAAUACCCAAAAGCAUUAAAACACAGGAGAUGACGCUUUAUCACAUUUCCUCCUAUGGUGUUACAUGUGGUUGUCUCUAAAAAGGAACUGUUAGGAACAGCAUCUUGCUGAAAACGCUAACAGCAGUCACAGUUUAUUUACAUGUGAGAGAACAGAUUUCCCAGUUGUUCUGCUGAACUGGUUUGGAUGAGAAGUAUUACGGCAUUGGAUGUCCUUAAACAGAGAUUAGACUUGGUCUUAGUUUUUAAUUCAGUUAUUAGAAGCCACCCUGCUUUAAAAAAGCCUUUUGUUCUUCUACAUGCGGUAGGCCUUUCUAUUUUUAGAUUCCUUGACAUGAAGAGCCUGACAGUUUUUUGCUUAAACACAAUUGUGGACUAUGUAACUAUUUACAGCAUCUGUAUUUUUUUAAAAACACUCUAUGCAUUCUAAUGAAACUCUUAUAUGAAAUUUAUUUCUCAAAGUAAUGUAAUGCAAAUCUUUCUCUGCACUCUUAUGCAGCUAACAUAGCCUUGCAGUCAAUUAAAUUAUUCCAACAACAAAAUGAAUUCUUUUUGGACCAUUUCACAUUGAAUAUCCAUUUAUAACAAUUAUGGAUAUAACGAGUUUUUGUAAAAAAUAACAGCUGACAUAUUAUGGAAAAUAUAUUUUUUUGCUCUAAUAAAGAUGAUAUUAGUCAUAACAGAGCAUUAAUAUUACUUGUGUGUGUAAAGCCCACUCCCAACAAUUUACAUCAGGAAAAAAUAAAUUGGUCUAUACUUCAUUUUACAAAGAAACAACAUUCCAGAUGAUGACUCAUACAGUUCCAUGCAGUUUAAAAACCAUUACUAAAUGUGGGGAAUAUCAUGGAGGUGUAACAUGCUUAAAACAUGACGAACAAAAUUUUAAGCAAUAAAGUCUGUUAUGUAUGCGUCACUCUUCUUCUAAGUUAUAGGCCUUGUUUCAUUGUGCACUAUGAUUUACCAGCAUGUUACAUGCUGAUAUACAGUACUGUGCAAAAACCUUAGGCAGCCUUGAAAAUAGUUUAAAACUCUUUAUUUUAGCAGUAAGUGUGUUUUUGCCAUUAAACCCCCUAUAUAAUAUUCCAAUUGUUACAAAUAAACAUAAAUACAAUAAAAGUAUCAAGAGUAUCUUGUUUUCACACUUUUGCACAAUACUACACUAAAUGGCCACUUCAUUCCUUUUAUCUAUACUCUUUAUCCAUUUUGUGAGCUCCUCUUGUCAUAUAGAUGCACUUUGUAGUUCUAUAGUUACAAACUGUAGACCAUCUGUUU